ACUUUUGAAUGGAUUGGUUUUGGUUUCUAUUGACUAUUGAAUUGUGAGUAGGGACCACCCCCAUUAUUAAAACUUAUAUUGGUCUGAAUUCUUGGUUUGCUUCUUUCUUGGCACAUUACAAUGUUUUGCAGAAAAAACUGAACCCCUGGUUGUCUUACAUCACAGACCUUGUGUACAGUAAUGCCGUUAUCAUUGCCUUAAUAAUCGAUGAAGAAAAAGAAGUUCAGAGAAGUUCAUUUCUUGAUUAUACAACCUGAUCUACUUAAUGGCUAAUCUCAUUUACUCAGAGAAACCUAGAAUUCCUAUUGGUGAAAAUCCAUGUAUAUGUGACCUCCUCAGAGUAUAUAAAAUUGGAAAGCAAAUUAAUUCAUCUAGAGUCAUUUCAGUCACUGUUAGCUGGUGCCAUGGAGCCUCUAGGGACAGUGACCAUUUUGAUGAUUAUAUGUAUCUCUUGCCUUGUUUUCCUUGCAGUCAGGAGCAGAACGCCAGAGAAUGCAAAGCAGCUGCCACCUGGCCCACCUCCACUGCCCAUCGUAGGGAACGCUCUGCAGCUGAAGACCAACAACCUGGCCCAGGUUCUCCAGGAGUUUGGUGAGAAGUAUGGCUCUGUGUUCACAAUGUAUUUUGGAACAGAACGGGUUGUGGUGCUGCAUGGCUAUGAUGCAGUGAAAGAAGCGCUGAUCGACCGUGGAGAUGAAUUUGCUGCCAGGGGACGCCUGCCAUUAGCUGAUGAUGUCAACAAGGGAUUAGGAAUUAUAUUCAGCAAUGGGGAGAUGUGGAAGCAGCUCCGACAUUUUGCCCUUACCACCCUGCGCAACUUUGGCAUGGGAAAGAAAAGUAUUGAGGAGAGGAUCCAGGAGGAAGCACAGUUCCUGCUAGAAAAGUUCCAGGACACGCAGGAGAAGCCCUUGGAUCCAACCUACUUGCUCAGUUGCGCUCUCUCCAAUGUCAUUUGUGCAAUUAUCUUUGGGAAACGAUACGAUUAUAAUGACAAGAAGUUGCUAUCCAUGCUAAGCUUAAUAAGUGAAAACUUUCAGGUUUUUAGCUCUCCUUGGGGACAGCUCUACAACAUCUUUCCUUCUUUGAUGAAAUGCAUCCCUGGGCCCCACCACAAAGUGCUGAAAAACAACAUGGCACUGAGAGAGUUUGUUUUGGAGGAGGUUGAAGAGCACAAGCCUGCUCUGGACCCCAGCUCACCUCGGGAUUUUAUUGACUGCUUCCUUAUGAAAAUGGAUCAGGAAAAAGGUAAUAGUGCAUCCCAUUUCACCAUUGAAAACUUGGCCAUAAGCACAGUUGACUUGUUUGGGGCUGGAACAGAGAACACCAGCACCACACUGCGAUACGGGUUCAUGAUCCUCCUCAAAUACCCAGAGAUACAAGAGAAAGUGCAUGAAGAAAUUGACCGAGUUAUUGGCCGAUCACGAAGUCCUUGCAUUGCAGAUCAUGGGGAAAUGCCUUACACAGAUGCUGUCAUCCAUGAGAUCCAGAGGUUCAUCUCUAUUGCCCCACUGAGCGGCCCUCAUGCAGUACUCAAAGAUACACCAUUCAGACAAUAUGUCAUUCCAAAGGGCACUACCAUAUAUCCAAGUCUGAUAUCUGUGCUACAUGACAGCAAAGAAUUUCCAAACCCCAAAGAAUUUGACCCAGGACAUUUCUUGCACAAAGAUGGCACCUUCAGGAAGAGCGACUAUUUCAUGCCUUUCUCAGCAGGGAAGCGGAUAUGUGUGGGGGAAGGUCUGGCCCGUAUGGAGAUCUUCUUGUUUUUGACCACCAUAUUACAGAACUGCACUCUGAAGUCCAUCAUUGACCCCAAAGACAUCGAUCUCACACCGGUGUUGAGCGGCGUAACCAACUGCCCUCGGCCCUAUCAGCUCUGCAUUGUCCCUCGAUGAAAAGCCUGCCUCAGGAGGGCUGCACAUGUGGAAAAGUUGCAGCCUGGCCAAUCUUUGUUCAAAAAACCCAUAACACAAUAUCUCUUCAUGUGUGGAGUCUUAUCUUUUUACCUGACUAGUUGUGGUACUGUUACUUUGGGGAUCUUGCUAGAGACUAUUGCACAUUGAAGACAUUUUUUUUAAAAAAUUAUCUCUUUAUUGAUUAAAAAAAUUGCAUGUCUAUACUCUUAACAGGUAAAAAAAAGAAAAUUAUAUAAAAUUUAUAAA